AUGCCGUCUCCGGUUCAUGCAUUGUUCUUAGUUGUGAUUUGCAGUAUUUCCAUGUCAUAUGUUUUGGCUUCUAAGGACAUUGUCGUUGCUUCUGUGAUAUCAAACGGCGGAAAUCUUCCGUAUGACUACAGACGGGCGGCUCCUGCUGCUGACUUAGCGAUGCUUGAGAUAAAUUCACGAUAUGCUGGUAUCUUGAAUUUUACAUACCUUUACAGAGAUCCGGGACCGGACUGUUCUGAAAACGAUGUUGGGGCAAUUGCUUCUGACCUUUAUCAUCUUAACAACGUAACAGGAUUCGUUGGUCCAGCAUGUAGUCAUGCAGUGAAUGUUGUUGGCCGGAUGGCGUCCUCUUGGAAUCUACCUAUACUGACUCCAGUCGGGACAAGUGGCACCUUGGGGGACAAGUCAAACUUCCCCACACUAACAAGACUGGCUUACAAUAUGAACAAAUUUGCCAAGUUCUAUCUACAAGUAUUCAGUCAAUUUAACUGGACUGACGUUACAAUCAUGUAUGACCAAGUGCACGUUUUCUUCAGGAUAGUUGGAACGAGUCUAGGGAACGAAUUUCCUUCUGCCGGUAUUUCCAGUAAAGUAAUCGAGUUUGAUACAAAUGGUGAUUUUGAUCACAGAACCAUGUUACUGACUGCCAGCGCACGUUCAAGAGUAUUUGUUAUCAGUUGCCAUGGUGAUACAUUCCGCGACAUUAUGUUGACCUUCUAUGACCUCAGAAUGGCAUUUGGCGAUUACGCCGUCAUCUUUAUUCGUCUGUUUGAGGGAGAUGAUGUUGGCAACAUGUCUUGGAUGAGAAAUGACGAGAACGAUGCUAAAGCUAAGAUAGCAUACGAGAGUGUGUUGCUGGUUCAGCCAAGAAGACCCGAAAGUUCGGAGUUUUUGCAAUUUGAGCAGGAUGUGAAAACUAGAUCUUUACAAGAUUACGACUUUGUUUAUGGCAACAUUGAGGUAAAUAUUUUCAUCACGGCUUUCUACGAUUCCUUUCUUAUCUACGCGCAAAUCCUGAACGAAACCCUUUCUGACGGUGGUAACAUCCUCGACGGAUUUAAUCUUACAAGACGACUUUGGGGACGCACCUUUCAAGGAAUUGGAGGUACCAUUGCCAUUGAUAGCAAUGGCGACAGGGAUACAGAUUUCUCUCUGUUGGAUAUGGAUACUACGACUGGAAAUUUCACGGUUGUGGGUAAUUAUUUUGGAGAGCUGAAACAAUUCAAGUUCGUCGAUGGAGUGUCUAUAUACUGGCCUCAAGGGAAGGGUCCCCCAGCAAAUAAACCCCGUUGUGGAUUCACAGGAGAUGCGCCUCAAUGCCAAAGCUAUGAGUUACCUGCUGUUGCUAUAGCCGGUAUUGCCUUUUCCUGUGUGAUAGUAGUGUUAACUAUGAUAGCUGUUGUCGCUUACAGGAGGUUGAAACUAGAAUCAGACCUUCAUAGUUCAUGGUGGAAGAUAAAGUCGACAGAUUUGCUCGCAACGAAUGUCGGAAGCCGAGUCAUUAGUCGGCUAUCGGUUGUUCAGUCCCUGGGAGGUGAAAGCAAAUCAAAAGAGGAUGGCGCACAGAUGUUUACAACGACGGCGUUCUUUAAAGGCAGUACAGUGGCCACCAAAAAGUUCCAAAUAAAGCAGUUCAAUGCUGAUAGAGUAAGCCUUUUGGAGCUGAAACAGAUGAGAGACAUUGCCUGUCCUAAUUUGACUCGAUUGAUUGGUUUGGCGAUAGAACCAUUCCACGUCGUCCUGGUAACCGAAUACUGUCCCCGUGGCAGUUUGCAGGACAUUUUAGAGAAUGAGUCCAUACAACUUGAUAUGGAUUUUAAGAAUGCGCUUCUCACCGAUCUCGUACAGGGCAUGGCUUAUCUUCAUGCCACUCCUAUCGAGGUUCAUGGUAACCUCAACAGUUCUAACUGUGUCAUAGAUGGACGCUUUGUUCUCAAGAUCACGGAUUUCGGUCUGACACGUCUGCGCCAGCUUGAGCAAAAGCUUAAUGACAACCAUAUUGAUCAUUAUGCUACAGCGCAGGUAUGGAUGGCCCCGGAACACCUCAGGAACUUUCCCAACAGAACAGUGUCUCAUAGCGGAGAUGUGUACAGUUUUGGAAUCAUUCUGUUUGAAAUCCUUACCAGACAUGAGCCUUACGAAGAUGAAUUAGAACACAUUACAGUUUCUGAUGUACUUCACAAAGUCAAGCGUGGCCUAGACCCACCGUUCCGUCCCAUGUUGCCACAGACAAGUGAAAAGAGCGACCUUGUGAAAGUCAUGAAAGAGUGUUGGAACGAAGACCCGAAAAUGAGACCUAGUUUCCAUUCACUGAUGCGGACUAUACGGAAAAUUUCUGGAAUAACAGCAGGUCAUAAUAUACUGGAUUCAUUACUUAAGAGGAUGGAACAGUAUGCAAACAACUUGGAGGACCUUGUAGAGGAGAGGACCAAGGCGUUCUUGGACGAGAAACGAAAGUCGGAGGAGUUGCUCUAUGAAGUACUUCCAAGGAGUGUAGCUGACCAGCUGAAAAAUGGACAAAGUGUAGACCCAGAGUCAUUUGAAUCGGUCACUAUAUAUUUCAGUGAUAUUGUGGGCUUCACCAACCUUUCUGCCUCAAGUCUGCCAAUGCAGGUUGUGGACUUCCUUAACGACUUGUAUACCUGUUUUGAUAGCAUUUUAGAAAGCUAUGACGUGUAUAAAGUGGAGACUAUUGGAGAUGCUUACAUGGUCGUGUCCGGACUUCCGGUACGGAAUGGUUCGGAGCACGUCCGACAGAUUGCUCGUAUGUCUUUGAGUAUCCUCGAAAACGUUUCAAAGUUCAAAAUAAGACACAAACCUGAUGCCAUACUCAGGGCAAGGAUCGGCAUUCACUCAGGUUCUGUUUGCGCUGGGGUUGUCGGGAGAAAAAUGCCUCGCUACUGUUUAUUUGGCGAUACUGUCAACACAGCAUCCCGGAUGGAGUCCAAUGGCGAAGCCAUGAAGAUCCAUAUGAGUAAAGACACAAAAGACAUGUUGGAUGCUUAUGGAAAUUUUCUGAUAGAAACAAGAGGUGAAAUCACUGUAAAGGUAAGAAAAAUCUCACACUUUUAA